UGGAACGAGUCCGUUUGGUGACAACACUAGUGGUGGUUAAAUUGCGCAUAUUUUCUACAUGUGGAUUUUAGAAUAUUUUCAUGAAAAUCUGUCGCCAAUUGGAUGGAAACCUAGCUACUCAUGGUGGGUGGAUCAUGUAUAGGUUUCAUUCAGUGGUUGUGAAGUAGGCUAUGCUACAGAUGAGCUUAUGAGAGCAUCAUCAAACAUUGCUUGAAGCCUCCAGUAAAAGCUGGUCUGCCCUUCAACGCUUCAGCUGCAGAACAUAUUUUUUUUSCACUCAAACAAAACGCAUGCGCAUGGAGCAAACGAACUGCAACACAGUGCAGACGGUUGUGAUUGAGGCAAGAAUCACCUGUAUUCUGGCAUUCAUGGUGACACACCCAUGGGGUCAGAGCGGCUGUGAAUGCGCAAGAGACAGAUGCAAAUGCACCAGGAAACCGCGGCCAGUGUCCUCCAAUCACAGCACAGGAUGGGGAACAUGCCCACCAACYCCUCCAAUGCCUGUUGUUUCUGCUGGUGUUGCUGCUGCAGCUGCUCCUGUCUGACUGUUAUGACAGAGGAUGAGAGGAUUCAAAGAAACACCUAUGAGAGGAGGACAGAGGGAAUCGCAAACUAUGACGACAGCCCCAAGCCUACUCUGGAGGAUGCGACAAUGUGGACCAUGUCGUUUGAGAGGCUGAUGAAGAGCCCCGCAGGGCGGGGCUGCUUCCGACAGUUCCUAAGGACAGAGUUUAGUGAAGAGAACAUGAUGUUCUGGUUGGCCUGCGAAGAGCUCAAAAAGGAGACCAACAAAACUGUGGUGGAGGAGAAAGUACGACAGAUCUAUGAGGGCUUCAUUUCUAUCCUCUCCCCUAAAGAGGUGAGUUUGGACUCACGUGUUCGAGACGUGAUCAACAAGAACAUGCUGGAGCCCACGUCCCACACGUUUGAGGACGCCCAGCAGCAGAUCUACACGCUGAUGCAGAGAGACUCAUACCCACGCUACAUGAACUCUACAGCGUAUGCAGAUUUACUGCAGGACCUGGAAGAACCCCCACCUGCCACAGAGCCAUAGACUUUUAUUCUCCAUCAAUCACUCUACACAUUGCUUUUAGAUGACACUUGUGUAUCUUAGGUCCAGCUUUCAGUUACAGUUCACAUGUUGAUUGAUCAAUAGGCUCUAUUUACAAAAAUGUCUAUAUUAAAUUAAGGUGUAACUACUGUUUACUACCUUAAAUAUUGGCUUUCCAAAAUCCUCAAAGCGAGCAAGAACAUACGCUGUAUUCCAAUUCAGAUUGCAAGAUGUUUCCAAAUAUAUUUAUAUUUUUAUAUUGCCUAGCACUUGACAUUGCACUUUUCUAUAGUUUUAUGAGGGGAAAGCAUGUUGUAUCUGUUAGCAUUGCAUUUGUGUGUAGUUCUAUUGUCAGACUUAAAGUAUUUUCAGUUAUUUUUUAUGAAAUCUAAUUUCACUUAAUAUUAAGAAGACAUGGGAAAGUGCCUUGGCAUGAGAUCGUUUACCACUACAACUUCAACAUACAGUACCAGUCAAAAGUUUGGGAACACCUACUCAUUCCAGGGUUUUU